GGUGGAAAAAGUGGCUGUGCUUUGAAAAGAAGAAAGCACUUAUAGGAGAGCAAUUGAUCAGAAUUAGCAAAGGUACCAGAGUUGGCAAGUUUUCACCCUCAAGUUUAUUCUUGUACUGUUCUGUUUCAGAAACUCCAGCAAGACUCUGUCUCCAUUUCAAGUCUCACCUUUUACCAGCAGCAUAUUUGUUUUCCCCUUGAACCUGUUUAAGUUACCUGUGUAUGUAUCUGAAUCCUGUUCUGGAACUUAGAGCUUUUCACUGGGUUGGUCAUUGGCACCACAUUGCCAUGGCAUGCCUAUUGGUUCCCAGCCUUUCCGCCACAGCUCCCACCACUGAUUCUUCCAAUGUGCCCUGGUCCCCUUUUUAUGGAGGAGCCCGUAUAGACACUGAAGCUAUCCAGUACAUUCAUAAAUUCUAUUGCAAAGACUGCAGGAUGGAGCAUGAACAGAAGGAGAAGGAACGACAGCAAAUGCAACAAAAUCAACAGCAAACAACGCAGCAACAACAGCAGCAAUCUCCAACAAGCCCCCAAAACUCCUUAGAGGAAUAUUCCCUGCAACAGUCUAUGGAUAAGAAUAAAGAGACUCUGAAGAGGAAAUUGAUGCUUAGAAGACCAAUCAGUGAACUAGUAGAACAAGGAAUUUAUCCCUCACUGAAAACACCGCCAGCAUUUGCCCACCAACAGAAACAGUUAGAGAGAGCAAGGACAGGAGACUUGAUCAGACACAAAAUCCAGAAUCGUCCAGACAGACAGUCUCUGGUUGACCACCAUAUUUUAGAAGACAGCAAAGCUGAUCCAUCACUGCAUGAAAAACAGCGGCAGCUGAAGCGAGCAAGAGUUGCUGAUGAGUUGAAUGAAAAAUUAUCUCAUCGCCCAGGUCCUCUGGAACUGGUGGAAGACAACAUCCUGCCAGCAGAGGGUGGUUUUAUCAAUAAAAUCAAAGAUGGCUCCAUAUCUUUCCAUAAGACCUGUGAAUCAGUUGGCACUGAUGACUCAAAUCUAUUUGUAUUUGGAGAGGACGAUAACAGUAACAGUGAGGGGGUUCCAUCACCGUCCACGGCUGAUGACUCUGAUACAAACACACAGGCCUCAAUUGGGGGUUCCUCGUCUGUUCCAUCACCACCAGAACUGGGGUCCUUCAUGCAGAAGAUCCAGAACAGCAGUGGAAGCUUUACCUUCAAUGGACCUCCUAUCACCUCUGAGUCAUUUGUUCCAAUUAACAACACAGUCACCCAAGCAGGUGUCUCAUCUUCCUCUAACUCCUCCUCCAAGUCCAAUUAUAAUUCCAGUGGGAGCUCAAAGAACAGGAAAAAUAAAGCCAAACCAAAACCAGCCACCAAAUCAAAGGUAAUCAAAUUCCAUGAAUAUAAAGGUCCACCAAAUGCAUCCAAGGUGCAACAAAACCAGCAGAACAGCAGCAAUGCAGAAACUCCUUAUCACAUUCUUCUACAACAGCAGCAGUUGUUCUUGCAGUGGCAACUUGAGUUCCAGCAGAGGAACAUGAUGCUGAUGCCUGCUAAACAGGCCGGUGGUGCUGCGGAGGGGUCUCCAGCUAACCAGGCAGCAACACAGACAGGUACAGUGACACUGAAUAACACACCUGCAGCAGUGACAGCAAGUGGAACAACACAAUCUGUGCAACAAUCUCAACAACAACAACAACAACAACAACAACAACAGCAGCAGCAACAGCAGGUGGCUUCAAUACAAUCUCCACAACCUCCACCACCAUCUCCACAACAACAACAGCAGCAGCAGCAACCUCAGCAACAACUUCAGAUUCAAGUUCACCAGCCAUCUCCUCAACAGCUGCCUCUGCAAUCUCCACCUCAAAUACAUAACCAAGUAGCUCUUCAGCAGCAGCAGCAACAGCAACAACAGCAAAAACAAAAGCAGCAACAGCAGCAAAUUCAGCAGUUAAAACAGCAGUUGCAUCAGCAGCAGCAUCAAUCACAGAAACAGCAAUCGUCUCAACCCAUUCAACAGACAAAACCACAACAGGCUAGUCCACACCAUUCAACACAGCAAUCAUCAGAGCAACCUAAACCUAAAACGCUGGAAGAUUUGAAAGUGGCUGAUCUGAAGGCAGAGUUGAAAAAGAGAAAUCUACCGGUGUCUGGGUCCAAGCCACACUUAAUAGAACGCUUAAAGCCCUAUGUAGAUUCCAUUCUCAGUGCAUGGAAUGAGAAUUCUACCACUGGUGUACAGUCUGCUGGUACAACAUUGAGUGCUAGCACUAACUCACAACAGUCCAAACUUCCCCCUAAGCUGGUGAUCAAGCAGGAACCCCAAACGCAGCCACAACCACAGAAGAUCCCUAACAGUGCUGAUGAGGCAGGCAAUGUGUCUAUGUCCUCUCCGCCUAUCUCCCCUGACCAACUGUCUGAACUGAACCAGUCAGUGGCCACGCCCAUGUCUCCAGAUGACCUAGACAUGUCCAUUACAUCACCAACAGCAUUUACCUGGGGGAUACCCAUGAAAAAGAACAGUCUUACAAGUGCCAGUCAGAGCUCGAUUCCAAUGGCCAUAGAUGCUUCCCGUCCACCAUCUGUGGCACCACAGGAGUCCAUGGAUGUGGACCUGAACAUGAGUUUCAAUGGCCCACCAUCUAUUGAUUCCCAAGUUAGCGGUUACAGUAGUGUGUCAAACACCUCAAAUGUGUCUAAUCUGUCCAGUGUGACAGCCACCACAGAGGAACUUGUUGCAAAGCAGCAAAAGACAAUUGAAGAGUUGCAAAGAAAACUGCAAGAAUCUCAGCUGAGGCUGCUUCAGCAGCAACACGAGCAGCAGACACUGCUUGUUCAGCAGCUACAGCAGCAACAGUCCCUGUUGAAUGCUACCAGCAGCAGUGGUGGUAGUAGUGCAGCUUUGACACAAACUGUAGCACCACCUAUUGUCACACAAGCCAAUACAAGCCAAACCCAAGUGGUUCCAAGUAUCACAAUCUCGUCCAGUACAAGCAGUCCUGCAGUAGUGGCUAAACCAAAUGUAACCUUCAUUCAGCCUCAGUCUCUACAUGAUAGCCUGAACAUGGGACAACACAAGGUACUAUUUGCUACAACUGGACUCAAUGGUCAGCAGCUGGUCUUCACUUCCAAACCUGUGGAUGCUAUGAAUAUCAAUGUUGUGGGCAAACUUGGCACCAGUGCUGCUACUACAACUGUUCCAGUCAAUGGAUUGAGUCAGAACAGAGCAUCAUCUGUGCCUAAUUCACCAACCAAUAGUGGUUUCAACAAAACCCCUGCCAGCAAGACAUUAUCAGGACCAUUCCUAAUUCCUCUUCGAGAGCCACCAAAAUAUGAUGAUGCUGUCAAAAACAGACAGGGAUCACCUAUUAAUGUGGAUGGUGGAAAUAGCAACAGCACUGCAGCCAGUCCUGCCCCAACAGCUGUUGCUGCUACCAAGACUCAGAGUCAACAGAUGGAUGAUGUGCUAGAAAUACUUAUCAGAUCUGGAGAACUCCCCCCAGAUGCUGCUCAAGAGCCUCCUCCAACCCCUAAAACUCAAGCCCUGGGUCACUCCAUCAGCAUGCCAGCAAUCAGCUCUUUUGCUCAGACGGGAACCGUGGCAACUGCUGGUUCCACAGUAGCAACAACAGUACCCUCCAGUGCAAUCGUAGUCACCGCACAGACUCCAGCCUUCAUGGUGGCUAUUCCCAGUACCAGCAUUACCAAUAAUAACAACAUCACAACUACAACGUCAUCACCGGCAAUAACAUCUCCAACAACAGUGACAAUUGGGGGGUCACCAGUCAAAAUGGUGCAUUCUCCUGGAGGCAAUGGAAGUGGCAAGAAGGCCCCACCGCCAUUGAAUAUCACAUCCAUUUCUUCCUCACCAGGGCCUAUACCUGAUGCCAUUAACACUGGGGACUUGGUCAGUGAAUUUAGUGACCAUUUUGACCUUCCAUCAAUGGACUGGGAUGGUGCGGACACAGAUUUGGUGUCUCUUGAGUUGCCAGAUGGCUUUAGGAGCUUAGACCCUAAAACAGACCAGUGUGAUCAGCAUGGUUUGCUUAAUGUUCCAUCCAGUGCAGAAUGCGGCCAAGGAUCAGGGUCGAGUUUUCAUGGCUCAGAACCAAACUUGGCUGCAUUGGGACUUAAUGACAAUGCCGAAGAGUCCAUGAAUAUGGACGUGUCUGAUUGGUUGGAUGUGAUAAUGCCAAACACGGGACUGACACCACUCAGUGCCACUGCACCAGUGGCUUUCCCUUCUGACCCUAUUCUUACACCAAAACCCCAAGAUGUUAUGGAAUUGUUUAACUUAGAUGAAUCUGAUUUCCAAACUCCCACAGGACUUGAGAGUGGCAUGAAUUGGGAUCGGUUGGUAGAAAGUGCCACCUCAUCAGGCACACAUUAAAAUAGGGUGGAACAAACCCUUAUAUGUAGAAAGUCGAUUUUCAUUAUUACUCUUACAGCUUGCAGUCCUAGUAUUACAAAUAGAAGGUGGACUGUUUAAGAUGUUAAUGUGUACAUUAUUAUAUGGUGCUGAUAGAAGAUAUAGCCAUUUUCUUUGUUAUGGAUAAGACAGGUAUGGACCAACUAGAAAAGAUGAAACUAAAUGAUGUUAAUAUUAUGACCUAAUUGAUAAAAUACAGGAUUUUGAUGGACCCAUUGCAAAGCUAUGGUCAGAGUUAUUAGCAGAAUAAGCUAUGUAAGAGUAAGACUUUUUUGUUUUCUGUUUCAAGUGUUAAAUAUAAAAAUAUAUAUAGCAUUUUUUCAAAAAAAGAAAAGUUGAAAGGUGUGAAAAGUUUAUCAAUUAAAAUCUGACAAAUUAAGUGUUAAUGAAUAAUUUAUAUAUAAUAUUGCUUGUUUAUUAUUGUUGUUGCUGUGGCAACUGCAACUGUCUGUUCAUUUUCUUUUUAAUGACUGCCAAUAACUUGGCAGAUGUGUGGGCGUGUGCAUUCCUUUCUUGCUGCAGACUUUCCAGGAGUUUCAGUUUUACAGCAUGUGCCUUUCUUUGCAAAAUAAAGAAUGUCGAUACCUCGUUCCAAAUAGAAAAAAAAUCAGUACUGUAAAAACCUUUGUAUUACUGAAACAAACUUAUUUAAUUUCUUAACCAGAUACUGGUGGUUUAAUUUAAUUACUGAUUUGAGUGUUUUAAAAAACCCUUAAGGGCAUAUUUCUUGGAACUAAAUAAUAUUCUCAGUAAAUUUUUUGUAUGUACUGAAUUGUGGAACCCAUAGCUCAGCAGCAAAUUUGCAUGCCACCACUGGUGCUAAGCCUCUGUUCCUGUUUUAAUUGCUGUAUAGUCACACUUAGCUUAAUUAUCAGAAAUAGAUUUUUUUGUUUCAAAAAUGAUACCUGUAGUCCAAGUGUUCUUUCCUUUUUGCCAUUUUUCAUGGUCUUCCCACUCCCCUGCAGGUCAGACUCCUCACUUCAAGUCUGACCAACAUUCCAAACUUAUCUGCAUCAUCGUCAUCCUUUCUUUUUUUCUUCUGUAUAUCAUUUUUAAAAAAUACUUGUAUGAGAAUAUAUAUCUGCAGGAGGGGAAGAAAGAUAUAGAUUACUAUUUAAAAAAAAACAAAAAUACAGCUUUGAAAGCUUCUUGUCAUUGUAUAUUUUCUCAAUUAUAUCAUCAAACUAAGAUAUUAUUAUAUAGUUCAUGUUUGUAACUUAUCCAGUGCAUUUGGUAUUUAUUAUUAUUUGUAUAUGUUGUAGUUCAUAGUUAGGAAUAGGAGGUAAUUUAAGUAAAGUGAAGUUCCAACCAGUGCAUAUGUUUUACUCAGUAAACUACUUGAACAUACUGAGUAACAGUGAUACAUGUUUGCACUGCAUGGAAUAUCACUUGACUGAUAACUGCUUAACCAUUUAAUUACAAGUCAUGCCAUUGGACCAUUGCAAAUAAUCUGGGUGGUUUGGGGUCCAUAUUUCAAGCCAACUUCUUUUUCAAAGGCAAAUGAAGUCUUUGACACCAUUUCUUAAAAUAACCUUCUCAACAUGAUUAUCUGAUCUUGCAAUGCUCUCACUCAAAUAUGAACCACAAGUAACCUAGUGGAAAUGAUGCAAUGCUAGUUAGAUCAAUUUUAUAAAGUGUGUAACACACCUUUUACGUCCAUUAUUUUUGUGGGGACCGAGUGAUAUUGCAAUUGCUGGGAAGAGGGUACUAUUUUGUACUUGUAUAUAAAUGUACCUUAAGAUAUGGUGCCACGACUCUGCCUGCUUACAUAUUCCAGUGUUCAUUCCAAAAAUGUUUUGUAGAUCAGAUCUUAGUAGAGAAACCAUCUGUAGAGUGUAUUGCAUAGUGAUGGUGGUGCAGACCAGUCUUCCAAAUUGGAGUGGGACAAUUACAAGGGUGUGGUUUCUUGUUGGUAGACUAACACAUUGACCAACAAACAAGGGAUCAAAUAAUAAAAAACGUAUUAGAUUUUGGUUGUCAGACAAAAGUAAUGCCGCCCUUGUAAGCACAUUUAUAAAUGAGAUUAUCAUAACAUGCAGCAUAUUGCAUGUAGGUAGUACACUGUGCCUCCACUAGGUGGCCUUGUCCCAAAGAUAAACCUCUGAUCAUACAAAGUAUGUUGCAGACCUGUAGAUGAUUAAGACUAACUAUGAAUUAUGACAUGACAUUUUUCUGUUAUGUGUGUAUUUUGUAUAAGUUUAAUGUUGAGGGUACGCUAAAUAGAAUGGGCUGGGCCAUGCACAGUAAGAACACCGUUUUUGACUGGGCAAGUCCCAUCAGAAUUGUAACUCAUUUUCUAUUUUAUUACUUUUUUUUCCUUACCAUUACAAUAAGUGUCCUUGUAUGUGAACGUUGUUGAAGAGUACUUAAUACUAAGUCUGUAUGUAUUAUUGCCACUGUACUGCAUUGGUUGAUUAUGUGCAAUAGUCUUAGCUGUCACCGAAAAUAAACCAGAAUUGGCUCAGAAUUAUCCAGUUGACCAGAGUUUCAUAUAGUUUAUACACCAUCUAAUUAUUUUACCAAAAGCAAGUUUCAUGCAAGUGGAACCAAUGCUUACCAGGUUGACUCUAACUACUUCAAAAGAUGACUUUAGACUUUUUUUUUUUUUUUUUUCUGUGUUGUGAAGCCCUGGACAAACUGGACCAAAGCUACACUGGGUUUAUUUACAGCAGUGGCAGCCAAGUCCCUGGAAGAUUUCCGUGGUAUGAUGCUCACAUUAUGGCUUUGCAUGCAGCCAAGUUUCUACUAGCUUUUUAUGAUUCAACAAAAAAAAAAAUACUACUUAAAAAGCUUCAAUAAAGUUUUAAUGCUUGUUUUAGUGAAAUACCAGUCUUGGUAAUGUUAAAUAAGUUCUGUAUUAUUUUGUACAUUUAAAAAUGUAGGUUUUCAUCUAUAUUUGGUUUUGUUCAUUCUUCUUUUUCAGCUUGACUUAUAUUUAUGCAUUAUAGAAGGAAAUAUAUUGCUAUAGUAUGAAUACAGACAGAUUACAAGUGUGAACAAUAAGCAUAGAUUUCUUUGGGGAGCCACACUGUUGAUAAUUUAGUUCAAAUCUAUAUAGGCAUAGUUUACAGUUAUGUAGUUUUGCUUGGUAUUUUGUACAUACACUUCAAUUGUUGCCAACUUUGUAACUUCCCCAGCAAGCACCUGAGAAAAGAAAUAAAGGAUGCUUACAACUUUCUAA